AUGUGUCUCGGCAUGGCCCUGUUCCCAUGCGCACUCCUCCUUAUCGGGUACAACGAGAAGAGCUACAUGUGCGUUCACAAGAACAUCUUGUAUGCAUCUAAACGAGCCGAGGUCUUGAACUGCGAUGCCCAACCGCACUGGAUGCCGGACAUGGUCGCGUACGUGUCCUGUCCCAUCAAAGAGGAGAGUCUCAUGCAAUUCACCCCAGCAUCAUUUGGCUCGGCAUCCCUGGGGAGUUCCAUCCAGUUCAGGUCAGUCGCUGGAGCACAGAAAGCCGAGAUGUUUCAGUGCGUGGAGUCGGUCAGAACUGAGACCCAGAAGGACAAGACGAAGAUCAAGAUCUACAGCUAUCACAUGGAGUGGCGAGAUUCCUACGUUGACUCCAGCACGUUUUCGCAAAUGCACCAAGCCCAUCUGGCGAGACAGCAUGGUUGUCCGGGCUUCUUAAGCAACCCUCCGUGGCCACACGACGUUCCUCAACGUGUGCAGACUGCCGCAGCACACUCGGUCCAGGUGGGACCACUGGCCGUGGGCAAAGACCUCAUCCAAGGCGGCGGAUCUGGCUAUGGUGGGAUGCAUGCAGAUAUGAGCAACCCCAUUUCGUUGCACAGCUUUGCGCACAAGUUCAAAGCUGCACACACUUUGGCAGGCCCGCCGGCACAUGGGUUCGCAUCCAUCACACCGCACAACACGGCCAUUGGUCCCACGGGAUCCUAUGUCGUCACGUGCAGUGUCCAGAGGUUUGGCUGCAUGCGUCUCAGCUACUACAAAAACUGGGACACGGGAGCAUCUGUCAUCAGUGCUGUGCAAGGAGGUCAAAGUACGCCGAUUAACAUCCCAGCCAGCUGGGGCUGCUCCGCGGACCAGUACGAUGCCUUGGUGGGAGGAGUGCAAUCUCUGUCAGCUUUCGAGACUUCCCUUGAAGAGGCCAAUACCUCGACCACCUGGAUGCUGCGAUUCGUGGGCCUCUGCUUUGCUUGGAUUACAGUGUGGUGCUGCUUCCAGCCCAUUUCAGCUGCGGCUGAUGGUGUUGGGGAUUGUCUCAACUUGAUUCCCUGUGUUGGCGGCUGCCUACAAGACAUGCUUGAGGGUGUCGUGGACGCAGUGCUUUGCGUUGUGUCCUGCUGCUUCGGCUGCUCGUGCGGGCUGCUAGUCCUGGGCAUCGUUUGGCUCGUCAUGCGACCCCUGAUUGGCGGUGUGCUGCUGCUGAUUUGCGCCGCGCUGGGUAUAGGGGCCUACUUCCUGGCGAAGCAGAACAAGGGGGACAAGGACAGUGACAAGGAGGGACGCUGCUGGCUGCAAACGGCGAUGAAAAUGCGUGAGGGCGACAGGUCCAGCCACUUCAAGAAGGCCUUCGGCGGAAGCACGGGCUCAAGCCAGUGCAACACCAGCGAUGUGGACAUGGAUUGGCCUUUCUUCCUGUUCUGUCCAGAGGUUCUGCAGUCGGGCGAGCAGUGCGAGGCAGCAUGUGGGCCAGGGCUUGUGCCGUCGUUCAAUGUUCACUGCCAGGAGGGAGUUCUACAUCUGCCGCGAUGCCUGGGCAACAAUGAGACUGGUUCAGGCCUUGCUGCCGCCAGCGCAAGCAUUGCCUCGUGGACACUCUGGAGCACGACUUCAACUGAAAAUGCUGAAGAGUUCGUCAGAACUGGACACCCAACUAAUGCCAGAUUGUCCCAAAGCGCAGAAACAGCUGGUCGCAGAGCACGUACAGAGUCCUCGGGAAGCACCAGAAGAAUAGCCAGCUCUGCAAGCACAGGAAACAUGACAAGCAGCAGCAGUGUCACGGGGACGACGAGCCUGACGAGCACAACGAGCUCUGACACGACUGCCACAUCCAUCUCGACCACGACUACAACUAGCGGAAGAAGCACUUCAGUGAGCACGACAACGAGCACCAGCACAUUCAGUGCCAGUUCAACCCACACAAAAACAUCAUCAACUAGCACGACUCCUGCGACUAGCACUGCCAGCACAAGCACCACGAGCACGGCCAGUGCAAGCCUAACCGUCACCUCGACUGCAACUGCUACAAUUACAACUAGCAGUAGCACAACAGUUUCUGCAUCAACGACACGGAGCAUGACUAGCACAUCUAGUGAGUCCAUCCUAAGUUCGACAUCGACAUCAACAUUAUCAUCAACAUUAACCAGCACGGCUUCUACUCGUAGCCUGAGCAGGACAGCGAGCUCGAGCACGACGAGCCAAAGCAACACAAGCACAACAGUGCCUGAGACAGAGACACCAAGCAGCACAUUCACAUCUAGUUUAACAUGGACGUCCUCUGCAGCCAUCAGCACAACAAGCUCGUCAAGACAAAGCACUCUUAGCACGUCUGCUGCAAGCCUAACCACUACCAACACCACUGCCACGACCGAGAGCACCAGCACCAGCACCAGUGCCGCCACAGCCACUAUCAGCAGUACCAGCAGCACCAGCAGCACAAGCAGCACAAGCAGCACCAGCAGCAACAGCAGCACCAGCAGCACCAGCAGCACCAACACCAAGAGCAGCUCCCGCAGCACCAGCACCAGCACCAGCACCAGCAGCAGCAGCAGCAGCAGCAGCAACACCACCAGCACCACCACCAGCACCUCGACCUUCAGUGCGACAGCCAGCCGAACCACUAGCAGUACCACGACAAGAUCUCUCGCAGCGAGGCGAAGCAGCACUAGCACGUCUACAUCAAGCCAAAGAAUGGCUCCUACAGCGAGCUUGACAACACGGUCAAGUACAAGCAGCUUUGCAACUGCACCGGACACCGUGACAUCGACGCUCCCUUCAACUACAUCAGUGUUGUCUCUGCCGCCCGUAACCACGCGACCACGAAAGCCGACAAGAUCCACUUCGACCUCGUCUUCAAGGGCCUCUACCACAUCCCUAUCAUUAUCCGACGACAACGAAACUGCCAACACGACCACCACGAGCUCAACUAGAAUGACCAUCAUGCAUGGAUGCACGCUUGCAGACUCGCGCUUGAGUACCUGUCCCAGGUACAUGCUUUCGUUAGAGCGUUGCACUGCAGCCUGUCCAGAGUUUGUUCCGGUCGGGGUGUUCAUCUGCAUAGAGGGCCGAAUCUUUGGGAGCUCUGGAUGCUUGCAGGCUGAAGGCAAUCGGCACUGGCGAGGUCCCUUGCUGGCUGUAGCUCUUCGUGCUGGCCUGGCUUGGACUGAUCCGCCGCCUUCGCUUCAAGAAAGCUUGAGGCGCGCCUUGGCACUGAGCCUUGGAACACCGCCGUCCGACAUCGUUCGCCUCUUCGUUGUGUCAAAGAUGCCCGAAGGAGUGGAUCCAGAGCAGGCAACGUCGCAAAGCGUAGAGUGGGAGAUGGAGGUUCGACUGAGUGAGGAGCAUGGUUUUCUGGAGGUGUCUGCCAAGUUGGAAGCCAUCGCAGAUGUGUCUAGUCUCACUGCCACGCUCUUCCGAAAUGUACUGAUGGGGCUCUCAGAAGUGACUCUGAGAUGGACUGAGCUUGUUAUGCCGCCUGUAGAGUACAAUGGAUCCAUAUUAAAUCUGACAGCUGAACAAGGUGAGCAUUCGAAUGUUGCCGACACUCACGAUGGCAAUUCGGAGUCCGACAAUUCCGCCUUGGUGUCUGCAGUUCUGCUUUCCCUCACGGCUAUUCCCGUCGUAGCCUCGAUUCUGAAUUUCAUCUCCGCAGACGCGCGACUCCGUCGCCAGCCGCCUCCAGCACGCGAAGGACCUGUCCCUGCAGAUUUGCCGGAGCUGCAGAGGGUUCACCGACGAAGCAAGGUGAGAGGAAGCCGAUCCGCAAUCCGGGAGCGGCCCUCAUGA